AUGCGUUCGAGUCGACAAUCAAAAAGUCAAGAUUCACUCAAAGCUUCCAUUAAAAAAACUGUGCGAUUUCGUACAACACAGGACGUGGAACAACCUUAUUCAACUUUAGAGAAUAUUGAUACAACUACGACAGCAUCGUCAGAAGAAAAUCCUGUAGUUUUUAGGAAUAGACAAUCAACAUCGCAAUAUCGCGAAGAGGAAAGAAUGAGUUGGAGAGACGACUCACCCCCCAGAUUUGUACCUGGUUCAACACCUUGUCGUACUCCUUUCGAAGUGUUCAAACAUAUUGACCGAGUAGACGCUUCAGAACACGGAGAAAAUGAUACAAAACUCAUCAAAAUCAUGUUAAUUUCGCCAACUAUUCUUCAAUCAAUCAACGUAGAAACUGUUUGUUGUGAAAGCACUUUUACCUUUAAACAAUUAGUCAGACAGCAACUUUCUCUAUAUUUUAAAGAUGAGCCACAAUGUAAAUACAUUGUAUCUGUUCUUGUUGGUAACACAAUCUUAGCAGAUUUCAAUCAACAACUCGGUCACACUGCAGCAAUCGAAAAUGAUGCAAUAGUUUACAUUCUUUUCCUGUCUCUGGGCGAAGCACAAUUUUCAUAUAUCCCUGAAACGAUUCUUAAGCCCUAUUUUAACGAUUUAACUCAACAUGAUCAGCAAACUAUCAACUUUUUCGUUCAUUAUCGGCAUCCGAUUGAUGAGAAACAUGAAUCAAUGUGGGAAGAAACGACUGAGUAUUGGGAACGAAUACCUGUCUCAUACCGUCUAGAGAAAAUUUUACGAGCGAUCAAUUCGAAAACGAAUCAGAAAUGUUACCUAUAUCUCAAUGGGAAUAAAAUUGCUCUUCAAAGUAAGAAAAGCAAAUCCUCACAAACGAUCAAUGAUGAGUUCAAGAACCUCGAAGGAAAAGAUCCAUUGAUGUUCGAUAUCAUUCACGAUGGUGAAGUGCCAAACAUUUAUGCCACCAUUCCAUGUACUCAUGAUAGUCGAUAUGAUUACACCGCUUUCCUUCAAUUAACUCGUAUUCAGCUCGAAAUCAUCCUUUGGGCGACGAACUUAGAUCAUACUUUUGCUCNAUUACUACGACAUAUAUAUUGA